GAAGAUUAACUCUCCUCAUUAGGGCUCCCCCGCCUCUGGCCCUUGUCUCUCCUCCCCCUCCCUCUCCUGUCGGCCUGCAUUGCUGUCAUUGGCUGCUUCUGUCAGGACCACUGCUGACUGGAACGCUGUGACCACAGCACACAGGCGAGUAGGGAGGAGGUGGGAUGAUGGCUGAUGUUGCCACGGUAAUAGAGGAGGCGAUCAUUCACCAAAUCAUUGAGCUGGGGCUGAAAUGGAAAAACAUUGAGUGGAGGGGUGUGGGGUGUGGAAAGCGGGUUAGUGGGUGAAGGGCUGAACAGAGGAGUGCAGGGGGAAAAACAAUAACAACAACAAUGAGGGACAAGACAUCGACUGAGCAACCAGGAAGUCCAUUUAGGACAAAGCGGUGUUGAAAAUCUUAUCAGACAGAUAGUCUGGAUAGUCAUAGCUGAGCUGCCUGUUCGAUUGGACAGCUGCUCAAGAUCUGUGGGUGAAAAAAAUAGAAGCACACAAAGGAAGGAUGAACUAAACACAGAUGAUGGAAAGCAGCUCCUGGACGAUGGCUCCUCUUCUCUGCUGUGAUAUUUCACUCCUGAUGAGAAGUGAGAGGAGGUAAGCUGGAUGGAGUGAUGCCCUGGGCACAGAAAUAGAAAGAGGGAGUGAGGGGGGCAUCGUUAGAUAUGAAAAGCAUGCGUCAGCAGUAAGGCAAGGCGAACAAGAGCAGUCGGAGAGCGAAGUAGAGCAAGAGAGAGAUUGAGGGUAGAAGUUAUUGUCGUGGCAUCAGAUGGGACGACUGAAAUAGAGCCUGACAGAUUUGUCACCUCAAAGUGCCACACCUUGGCUGCUUCAUCCUAAUGCUCCAUCCUGACUGCAGCAGCACUGAGGACCCACAAUGAAUUUCCUUGCCUUUCUGGACAAUGAGACGCUUUGCACUUUGAUGAUUUGAUGCAAAAAAGGGACCCUUUUUGAAACUACUUCUUUUUAACAAAGUGGAGGAGGAAAAAUUGCUGCCUGCACAAAACAAAGUGAACAUAUGGACUCUGUUGAUUCUGCGCCAAGAAUGAUUAUCUGCAGAGGAAUCAAUUUGUGAAAUCACUGGUCAGUCAGUGAAUGUGUUUCCACCGUGUGAAAAUGAGGAAAGCAUUGUCUAGCCGUUAUAAACAAAUGCUGACUCAACCUUAAAAGAAGACAAUGAAGGUGGGAGUCACAGGAAUGGAGUACUUGCCUGAAGCAACACUGUUCUGUAAAUGAUGUCCAGGAUUCUGUACUUGUCCUCUUAAUGACAGCUGAGGCAGGCUGACUAACUGACCGACUGACUGACUGGCUCAGUGCGUGGGUUGCUCACUGACUGGAAUUGUGUCUAUCUGAGGACUUUGAGGACACCUAGCCCCGGGCAGAUAGUGACUGAGUGGUAGCUCAGCUCCGUGCUCCAUGAUGGGGGAGACGGCAGAAUACCAGAGGCUGCAGGAGACCUUGGAGCCUGAUUACCAAUGUCUGCCCAGUGAUGACGAAGAGAAACUGGGCAGUAGCAUGCAGUGUGAAGAAGGCACAGAAUGGCUGCUGGAGCUGCUGAUGGAGGUGCAGUUGCAGCAGUACUUCCUGAGGAUCAGAGACGAUCUUAACGUCACACGGCUGUCCCACUUUGACUAUGUCAAGAACGAAGACUUGGAGAAGAUUGGCAUGGGUCGACCUGGGCAGAGACGAUUGUGGGAAGCUGUGAAAAGGAGGAAAGCCAUGUGCAAGCGCAAAUCCUGGAUGAGCAAGGUGUUUAGUGGGAAGCGCCCAGACGGAGGAGACUUCCCUCAGCAGGGCCAGCCAGCCUCCUCCUUUCGAAAGCUGUCUCCCACGCCUCCCCUGGGCCUGGGAGAGGGAGUCCUGGCCACACAGCCCGGUGGUGGUGCUCUCCUUGAUGGGCAGCAGCAGACUCUGACUUGUCUCAUCCCUGAGAAGGACUUGACGUUGUUUGAGAAGCUUGGGGACGGAUCUUUUGGUGUCGUGAAGAGAGGAGAGUGGCUGACACCUGCAGGGAAGGUGCUGAAUGUAGCUGUGAAGUGUCUGAAGACGGAUGUGCUCAGCCAGCCUGACGCUCUGGAAGACUUCAUCUGUGAGGUCAAUGCCAUGCACUCCCUGGAUCACCAGAACCUCAUUCGCCUCUACGGUGUGGUGCUCACACACCCAAUGAAGAUGGUGACGGAGCUGGCCCCCCUGGGUUCUCUGCUGGACCGGUUGCGAUGUGUUCAUCCACAGGGUCCAGUGUUGAUCCACACUCUGUGUCAGUAUGCUGUACAGGUAUCGUGUGGCAUGGCCUACCUGGAACAGAGGCGCUUCAUCCACAGGGACCUGGCAGCCAGGAACAUCUUAUUGGCGUCAGUUCAGAGAGUGAAGAUCGGUGACUUUGGGCUGAUGAGGGCGCUGCCAAACAACGAUGAACACUAUGUCAUGCAAGAGCAUCGCAAAGUUCCUUUUGCAUGGUGUGCCCCAGAGAGUCUGAAGACGAGAACGUUCUCCCAUGCUACAGAUACAUGGAUGUUUGGAGUCACUCUCUGGGAGAUGUUUACACAUGGUCAGGAGCCUUGGGUGGGUCUAAAUGGAAGCCAGAUUCUGCACAAGAUUGAUAAAGAAUGUGAACGCCUCCCUAAGCCAGAGGACUGUCCGCAGGAUAUAUAUAAUGUCAUGUUGCAGUGUUGGGCUCAGAAACCAGAUGACAGACCUACUUUUCUCGCCCUCAGAGAGUUCCUGCUUGAGACCAUGCCCACGGACAUGUGUGCCCUUCAGGACUUUAAUGAGCCUGACAAAUUAAUGAUCCAGGUCAAUGACAUCAUCACCAUCAUUGAGGGAAGGGCUGAGAACUACUGGUGGCGAGGUCAAAACAAGCGUACUCUUAAGGUCGGACAGUUCCCCAGAAAUGUGGUGACAUCAGUAGCAGGUUUGUCAGCUCACGAUAUCAGCCGGCCACUCAAGAACAGCUUCAUCCACACAGGACACGGCGAUACCAACCCUCAUCGCUGCUGGGGCUUCCCUGAUAAGAUUGAUGAGUUGUACCUCGGGAAUCCCAUGGAUCCUCCUGAUGUUCUGGGUUUAGAUCUCAGUGCUUUUCGACCCGCACAGCUACCAGGACGAACUAAAAAGGAUCCUCCUCCCCGCCCUCCUCAGCCAGCAGUGUUAAUCAAGAGUAAGUCUGGUCUCUCAAAGCACCUCUUCACCCAUUGCUCCUGCCCUCUCUGUUCACUCCUAGCUCCACUUCUCAAAGAGCCGUGCUACGAUCCAGUCAAUGAGGAUGAGGAUCUUAGCGCUGCAGGAUUAAAGAGAUUAUCACUUCGGAAGACUGGUUCAGUAAAAAGUUUAAAAAUAAAACCCUCUGCAUGGGUUUCGGGUUCCAAACAGGGGAUUAGCCGGACUACAAUCUCAGGCCACAACCCCAACAGCGAAGUGUCCCUUAUUGACUUUGGGGAGGAGUUCUCUCCAUCCACACCCUCCCCCUCCCCCGUGGUUGAAACUCAGAUCCCCUCCUUGGCAAAAUUGGCUUUGGAUGCAGAAAACAUCAUGGACCGGACUCCUCCUCAGAGCCCCUCUAGAUCAUUGCCCCGCCCCCUUCAUCCCACACCAAUAGUGGACUGGGAUGCACGACCACUACCCCCGCCUCCAGCCUACGAUGAUGUAGCCCAAGACGAGGACGAUAUGGAGGUGAGCUCCAUUAACAGCUCAGAGCAACAGCAUGAAGAGGAGCACAAUGAUGUCCAGACCUCAGAUGAGACCAAAGAUGCUUUCUCCUCUGAACAGAAGGUGCAGAUAGCAGCUUUUGUCUCCCGAGCUUCUGACAGACCAGGCCUGGAGGACAACCUCUUUCUACCCAGCAAGCAGAGCCAGGGUCUGUCGACAUCCUUCUCCCAAUCCAUAGAAAUCUUCCAAGAACUCCAGCAGGAGUGCAUGAGGAGGCUCAACGUGCCGGCAGCAGUCGCUGCUCGGUCAAGCUCCCCGUCCCAGACCUGGGCUUCAUCUCCCCAAACUCCUCAGACCCAGGAGGGAGACCAGCAGAUUGUCCUCUCCUCCAAUGAGGACAAACCCCAAAUCCCUCCACGUGUUCCUAUCCCCCCUCGCCCGAUAAAAAGGGGCGACUACACAUCUGCCCGCUGGUCAAGGGAUCUCUCUCUGUCCCCGACACCAGCAGACAAUACAGAGGACAUUUCAGGUUCAGAUCAGAACCGACCACCUCAGAUCCCUCCUAGGGACCCUUUGUCCCAGUCGGGCUCCAGGACUCCUAGUCCCAUGGGCCUGUUAGUGGGUUCCCCCCAGCAGAGAGUUUACUCUGUCAGUCCCACUGCCAUGCAGGUUCCUCCUAUAUCCUGCCCUCCCCAACACACCUAUGGCUCCUACCUCUCCACCUCUCCAGGUAAAUUCAUGCCUACCACACACAGCUUUGCCUCAGAUCCCAAAUAUGCUGCGCCCAAAGUGAUCCAGGCACAGGGGAAGGAUUCCACCAGUAAAGGCCCGUGUAUUCUUCCCAUUGUACGCGAUGGACGUAAAGUUAGUAACACCCACUAUUACCUCCUGCCGGAGAGGCCGCCGUACCUCGACCGAUACGACCGCUUUUUCAGGGACGCAGAGAGUCUUCCUGUCAGUGGUCUGGAAGAGAGACAUGUACGGCAAGCUAACACUGCCACUGUCAGACCCAUGGUGGUCAACAGUCAGACCGUCCAGGGACAUGCCCAGGGACAUGCCCAGGGACAGGGCUUCAUUCAGCCGGGUGAUAUGAAGGCUAAUUUCUCGUCCAACAAUAACAGCAGUCUGGGUGGACCACGGUCAGGGAUGAGGACAUCACUUAGCCUCCCUCGCGUCUGUUCAGACGGGCUGACAGCACCAGUGGUCACUGCCUCCUGUACCAGGACAGAUGGAGGAGGAAACUCAGCUGACAAGGUCAAAAUGGUGCAGGAGGCAGUUCACGGUGUGACGAUGGAGGAGUGCCAAGCUGCCCUCCAGAAGCACAACUGGAACAUCCAGAAAGCUGUGCAUUACCUGAAGGUGGAGCAGUUGUUCUGUUUGGGUCUGAGGAGCAGGCUGGAGUGUCUAAAGCUGCUGGAGAUGUGUGACUGGAACUUGGAAGUGGCCAGCACUCAGAUGUUAGAUAACUAUGGAUCCACAAGGCAGAGACGGUGACAGAAAUCUCAAGCUGCUGAGCUCUGAUUAGAACUUCAUCCUCGGAAAAACAUUGUGAAUGAAUAACACGAAUCUGCUUAGUUAUGGCUCCAUUCAUGCUAUGAAAUGAAUUUAUUUUGGUGGCAAAAAGAUGAAUUUGCAUCAUAUUUUUUGGUUUGAAAAAUAUGUCAUUGUUGCACUUAGAGACGGUCGGUUUCAAAGUUGUGAAGAGGCAUAAAAAAAAAAGGCACAGAUUCUGCUAUAAUUACACUGAUGAUCGGCUGCAGAGAAAUACUGAUUCACAGUCGAGUUGGGAGUGAAGCUGACGAUGAGUUGACGAGCACAAUGUACACAUUAGCACUUUCUAAAGAGGUAUUGUGUCAGAGUUUGCCAAGCGCUUGCACAGUUUGACUGAAAACUGGGAUCUCAUUUACUCGUCAUUGUCCUGAACUGUGUACUGUACACGUAGACCAGUGAAAGUUGCAGGUGCAGGAUCUGCAUUAACACUUGAAGCAAUUGUUCUCAAGAUCAGUGUGUAUAAAAUAAGUUCUAUUUCACUGUAAAACAUCAGUCCGCCACAAAUCACGCAGCUAAUAUUGAGGUUAUUUUGCAGGUUAUUUUCCUGUUGACUGUUAUCAGGUUUGGGAAUAUUAGUAUGACAAUU